CCAACAUGUGGAAUACGCAGGCGUACCGAGAGCUGACAAUUCCUCAUUUUUAUUUAUUUCUUUUUUCGUUUGGUUGUGCUGUUACAUGGAAGCAUCAUGAAGCUAAACGUGUCGUAUCCUGCUACAGGAUGUCAAAAGCUGUUCGAAGUGGUCGACGAACACAAAAUUCGGAUUUUCUAUGAAAAACGGAUGGGUCAGGAGGUAGAAGCUGACCCUUUAGGCGAUGAGUGGAAAGGCUAUGUCCUCAGAAUAUCUGGAGGAAAUGAUAAACAAGGCUUCCCCAUGAAGCAAGGUGUUCUCACUAAUAGCAGGGUACGACUCCUGUUGUCGAAGGGACAUUCAUGUUAUAGACCCCGUCGUGACGGGGAAAGGAAAAGGAAAUCAGUACGAGGAUGCAUCGUGGACGGCAAUUUAAGUGUGCUUGCUUUGGUGAUUGUGCGUAAGGGUGAACAAGAUAUUCCUGGUUUAACCGAUACAACUGUCCCCCGCCGCCUUGGACCUAAGAGAGCCUCUAACAUUAGGAAACUUUUUAAUUUGAGCAAGGAAGACGACGUGCGCCAAUAUGUUGUCAAACGCCCCUUACCACAAAAGGAAGGCAAAAAACAACGUUUUAAGGCGCCCAAGAUCCAGCGACUCAUUACACCAGUCGUACUACAGCGCAAGCGCCACAGGUUGGCCUUGAAGAAGAAACGUUGUCUGAGACGUAAGGAACUCUCAGACAACUAUGCCAAACUCUUGGCCCAAAGAAAGAAGGAAUCUAAGGCCAAGAAGGAGGAGAUGAAGAGGCGCCGAUCUGCUAGUCUUCGUGACAGCAAAUCUAGCAGUCACAGCGCCCAAAAGUAAAUGCACAUCAUUCUAUUCUAGAGCGAUAUUUUCAAGAUGACUAAUUGGAAACUAAGUGUAUUUGGCGAACUAUGUGUACCCACUAGAUAUUAAGUGUAAUUGGCGAACCUUUAAAUUUAAGUCUACGUUAGGUCGUUGUAUUUGGCGAGCUAAUAAACUUCUAAAUCCACGUUCGCUUGGUGUAUUUGGCGAACUAGUACAUUUUUAAAUCCACAUUAGAUCGUUGUAUUUGACGAACUAAUAAAGUUUUUUUUUGAAUGAA